AUGCGGGAGGCGAAUCUGGAGCCCGACGUCAUCUUCAGCUACAGUGCUGGGAUCAGCGCGUGCGCGAAGGGCGAGCAGUGGCAGCGGGCCCUGGCGCUGCUGAGUGAGAUGCGGGAGGCGAAUCUGGAGCCCAACGUCAUCAGCUACAAUGCUGGGAUCAGCGCGUGCGCGAAGGGCGAGCAGUGGCAGCGGGCCCUGGCGCUGCUGAGCGAGAUGCGGGAGGCGUAUCUGGAGCCCACCGUCAUUAGCUACAAUGCUGGGAUCAGCGCGUACGCGAAUGGCGAGCAAUGGCAGCGGGCCCUGGCGCUGCUGGGCGAGAUGCGGGAGGCGAAUGUGCAGCCCGACGUCAUCAGCUACAGCGCUGGGAUCAUUGCGUGCCAGACGGGCGAGCAGUGGCAGCGGGCCCUGGCGCUGCUGAGCGAGAUGUGGGAGGUGAAUGUGGAGCCCGACUCAGCUACAGCGCUGGGAUCAUUGCGUGCCAGAAGGGCGAGCAGUGGCAGCGGGCCCUGA